UGUGUGCGCUAUUGGCCCAUGCAUGCCCAUCUCUGUGGUGCUUGGAGCGCGCGGCCUUGUCUACGGUGUCCGCGCUCGCUUAGUCCGUCAGUACGUCAAAAUGGCUGGGAGCAUUCUCGAAAACCUAAGCGGUCGCAAGCUCGCCUGCAUAGUGGCGAUUGUGCUUAUACUUCAGGUGGUCUGCUUCCUGAUCGGCGGCCUGAUAGCUCCAGCCCCGUCCAAUGCUGACCAGAUUCUUGCAACCAUAUGCAAGAAGGAUACCUUGCUUCCCAUGGGCACCUUUGAUGACACCUGGCACAUACCACGUGGGCAUGGCGGCCAGCCCACAAACUGCAAUGUCAUCCAUGAGCUCUCAGAUACAUCCAGAAUGGAUCCAAAUCUGACAGCUAACCACAUCGUCUUUGCAUUCCAAGCUCCAGGACCACGAUCAGAUGAGGACCUCGACUAUUCACGGUGGAUGCAAAACCUUAUAGGCAUCCUUCAGCUGGACAUUAUCCACAGUGACUCCCAUCCAAUGACUGCGAACCCGCUGCUUAGCCUUGAGGUGAAGCUUGGCUACAGGAAUAAACACGACCCUCCAGACAAGUGGACGCUUGCGGCAAAGUCUGUUGAGGAACGUUAUUUGCAGUGCAAUGUAAAUAACACCCAGGUUCCUGAUGGCCAUGCAUACAACUGUGAUGUCCUGAGCCUCUUUGAACUAGGCAGCCUCCACCAUGACUAUUAUCUCUUGAAUUUGCGGCUGCCGAUAGAUGAAAACAAUCCCGGCAACAAAGAGCUCAAGGAAGUCAGGGACGUUUGGCUUGUGCUUAUCCACCAAAAUGGCGGCUUCACAAAGGUGUGGGUCUCCCUCAAGACAUUCUUCUUUCCUGUUGUGCUGGCCACACUGAUCUGGUUUUGGCGACGCAUCAGAAUGCUGGCACGUCCGCCACACCUCAUAGAAGGCUUGCUGCUUUCCCUGGGGAUCGCUCUGACUCUACUCAACUUGCCCCUUGAGUUCCUUACUCUUUGGUUCAACCUGCCGUUCAUGUUACUCUUGAGUGACAUCAGACAGGGAAUCUUCUACGCGACACUGCUAAGCUUCUGGCUCAUUUUUUGCGGAGAGCACCUUAUGGAUGACGUGGAGCGCAACAGGUUGCGGUCAUAUUGGAAGCACCUUAGUGCCGUGAUAACAGGCUGCGUCUGCCUCUUUAUCUUUGAUCUGUGUGAAAGGGGGAUUCAGAUGAAGAAUCCUUUCUACAGCAUCUGGGCAACUCAUGUUGGCAGCAAUCUUGCACUGGCAUUCAUCAUAGCCGGUGGGGUUUCAGCUGGAGUUUACUUCCUCUUCCUUUCCUACCUGCUUUAUCGUGUGCUUCGUAACAUUAGCUUCAAGAGGAGUGCACUCCCAAGUAUGAGUCAGGCACGCCGGAUGUACUAUGAGGGCAUUAUAUACAGGUUCAAGUUCCUGCUCCUUGCCACUCAGAUCUGUGCCGCCCUCACCGUUAUUGCCUACAUUAUUGGACAGGUGAGCGAGGGUCGCUGGAAGUGGGAUGAUGACAUCGACCUGGAAUUUACGUCGGCUUUUUUCACGGGGGUCUAUGGCAUGUGGAACCUUUACGUCUUCAUGCUGCUUGUCCUGUACGCACCAUCUCACAAGUAUUACCCCACACCCGCUGAUCACUCCACAAGCCAGGAAGAAAUCGAAUUCAGCCGGCUUACCACGACAGAGCCUGUGCCCACGGAGCCUACAGAGUCAUCAUCACUGACAGAGUUCGCUAAAAAGGCAGCCUUGGAUUAGUUUAUCUCGGUUAUGCAACUAAUCAGUCCUCCAGUUUUUUUUUUUUAUCUUUCGCUUUUUAGGACAAUCAAGGUUUAUUGGCCCAACACUUGCAAGACCAGCCAUAUGAACAGGUAUUUUCUCCCAGUAUUGCUGUAAAGCAGUACUUCCCAAACUUUGCUGCCUGGAAGCUUGCUCAAAUUGACAAUACCAAAAAACAGUAAUGCAGCAUGUGUUUGUGUCAGCAUGGCUGCAGACAAUCUGCUCGGAUAAAAAUCUACAAACGGCAACAACUUCCAGCAGCAAAAUUUUUGCUGAUGACAUGUGUGAGUUCAGUAGUCAGAGCACAGUUUCUCAACUCAAAAUUAAAGUCCAGGUGCUACCAUUCUCACUUACGACUCUGCGUUCGAGUACAGCCUCUGCUCGUCCUCAUUGGAGCCAAUGCACUAAAGUCAAAAGGGAACACGUACUUUGCAGUGUUUACAGUUUCUGCUUGUAGAAACGUACUCUUUCCAGAGUUUUGAAAAACUGCCAUUAGCUUGUUAUUGUAAUUGUUGGCAGUCCAUGAAGCUCUUUAGUUGCGUUGGUGACCGCUUGGCUAAAUAUGACAUGGCUCCCCUUAGUCACAAGUUUGGGAAGCACUGAGGCAGGACCAGUGUGAAUAAUCAUUCAAUACUCUGCUGACAGCCUUGCAGGCAUUUUGCUCGUAACUGAUUGCAGUAGUUAUGUUAGGUCUGUUCAUGUUCUUUUUGGAGUCUCUGGGUUGUUUCACAUUUUUGUUCAGCUAGCUUCUAUACAGCUAGACUUUGUAGAGACUUUUCACUAUGUAGUUCAGUCCAUACUUGCCUAUGCUUCAUGGUUUACUUUGUACUUCUUUUGAAUGUUCGAGACGAUUUCAUUUUUUUUUCUUCUAUACGACAUUGUCUUGAUUUGUCACAGCUGUUUCAAGGCUCCCUUUGUGUGUCGCAUUGUGUGUGAAAGUCCCUUUUUUUUUUAAGUUUGGUGAACUGUGUUAUUGUCAUUGCCAUGUUUUUGUUAUUCAAAAUGGGCAUUUACUUGUAUGUAUUGUCCCCUGGUGCACUACAAAGUCUCAAUGGCUUUAAUAGCUCUGUUUUGUAGAUGCGUAAUUAUGAUGGUUCAGGAGACUCCCCAUUUCCUUUGUUGGUAUGUUCACUUCACACAUCUAACUGUGGCAGCUGUUUAUAUAUGUAUACUCUAUUUUGCAGUGGUAUCUACAAAGCAGUGUGGUCUAUGUGGAUUGGUUUGCUUUUACUUCCACUGCUAAUAGCACAUAGCACUUUUUCAUGACUGCACCUGCAAUAAAUAAGUUAGUUGGUCUAUUGCUACUUAAAUUAUAUUUUUGCACAAACUGGGUUCUUUAUUAUUUUUUCCCUGUGUGCUUUUGUCAUGUCAAUGAAAGUUUUGGGGCCAGUGAAGUGUUGUGUCAGGGUAUGGUUCUGGCAGUAAAAGCGAGUUCCCGGCUUUUGGAAGAACAGCUUUAAAUGGUGUGCGCAAGUGACAACUUUUUUGUCAGCAACCUUUAUGAAAACUGUGAUUUUUGUUUUCUUCUAGCUUGCUAAAAAUUGCUAAAAUAGGUUGUGCAUCAGUGGUUAGUGUGUCAUCUUUACUGCACAUAUUUGCUUGUCUAGCCGUGUGCCAAAGGUAUUGUGUGUACUUGCAAGAGCAAAGUUCAGCUCUUACAUUCCUUAACUGGAUGCAUUUGUGAGGAAAGUGCUUAAGUGACAUGAACAAAGAUAACAUUUGAAUGAGUCAAGUUCUGGUGACUGCUGGGAGCAAAUUUUUUCAUGUUUGAAACUUUUUUUCAUAAAUUAGUAACUCUAGCUCUGCAAGAAAGUGAGCAUUGCACUUCUGUAAAUAGAAUCUAGAAGAGCCUUUUAAGCAGGCAAAGUUAUAUUAACUUAUUCCUUGUGCAAAAAGGAGUAGUUCCACACUACUUUUGUCCCUUAUUCUCUAAGUAGUCGUGUGCAUGUACGAAUUUUAUUUGCCUUAUAUACUCUAGUAGAUGAAGCUUCCUGAACUGUAAAUGUAAUUUUCUUAGUUCUGGGUCCACAAGUGCGAGUAUGGUUACAUUUAUAAAAAUCUACAGGUUUUUUUUUUUUGUUAGCUUUUGUAUGAUGACCUAAACUGAGUCUUCUCAGAACAGCUGCUAGAAUAGUAAUCUUUCCAAUGCAAAAACACAUCCAUAUACUUUUAGCUAUUUCAUAAGUGCAUUUCCACGUCUUGCAUGUAUUUCAAUGGAUAUGGCAAGAGCUAAAACUUUCUCUUAGAAGUGUUUCAUAGCAUUAGAAUGUCUGCACGUCGUCUUGUGGCAUGAGCUGUGCUAUUAUUGGAGUGCAAUGGCAUGUGUUUAAAACUUAGUUAUGUGGUGCGCAUUUUUCUACGUGCAACUGCACUCUAUUUCUUUCACACUUUUUGUUACCUUACAUAACAAAGCAGUGUGAACUUGGUGUGUUAUGUAACUGGCACUUUUCUAGGCAUUUAAGUUUUGAUAUAUUGCUUCACAUUGCAGAACCUGGAAUGGAACUGUCUUUGCUAAUGUGAGCCAGUUUUGCAAAAUAAACGGUUUCCUGUCGAA